AUGGCGAACCCUAACGCCUUUAUUUUUGUGGACACCAAUACCAGGUACACAUUGAAGGUUCCGUCUGCAACACCCCAGUGUCAGUAUCCAUCGGAGUGGUUUGAGGCUCAUCCAAAUGAGAAACCUAAUGUUCAGUACACUGCGAACACCCUGACUGAUGAUGAGGUUCUCGGUGUAGUCAAGUGGAGCAUCAUGCAGGGAGGACCGAUCAAUAUCAAUCUGGUAAAGAGGUACAUCCACAUUUACUUCAGAGACGUCACGGCUGUAUUGCCCGACCGAUGGGAGUCAUACGGUAGAGUGAUAGGAGAAGCCAACAGCAAUGUGAAUCCAUGGUCACUGAUUACUGUAACUCCAGUAGCAGGGAUGCUCCCAGGAGUCGAGGCAAAACCACUGUCCAUGGAGGAUAGACACUGGGUUGCGUUAUAUUGUUUGUGCUCUGCUCGGUUAGCCAGAAUAACCAUCCAACAGUAUGCGGACCGUGUAAGGGACAAGAUCCACGAACAGAUUAAGCUCCUCACCAAUAGACUCCCAGUCUUCCCGGCCAAGGACAAUUACGAACCAUGGGCUGCAGACCCAGAUUACAUGAAAUUGAUAGCAGCCGUGGACAUGUUCAUGUAUAGGUUUCCAACACAUCCCUUGGCAUAUGUUCGGGUAUGCACACUCGGGAGUCGUCAUAAGGACUGUGCCGGUCUUCUAUCAAUAGGCUAUUUCGCACACACCGUCAGUCUGGAGAAUGACUCUGAUUUCCUCGACUGCAUGUGGUCGAAAAAGAUGGCCACAGAAUGCAUCAACAUGAUGCAUGAGACGGACCACAUGAUGCAGGAAUACUCCUAUUUUCCCUACCAAUCAAACCUGGGUCUCAUCAGAUAG